AUGAAACACGAGUCUGUGGUGAUGAAACAAGAGUCUGUGGUGAGGCUGAAACACGAGUCUGUGGUGAUGCUGAAACACGAGUCUGUGGUGAUGCUGAAACAAGAGACUGUGGUGAUGAAACACGAGUCUGUGGUGAUGAAACACGAGUCUGUGGUGAUGCUGAAACAAAAGUGUGAGCAGACGAUAGCAUCACGUGACUCACUUUCAGCCAAGCGCGCGGCAGUUCUUCAGCAGAUACCGGCGAGAGUGCAACAACGGAGAGACCGACCAACAGAAAACAUGAGAUCGUGGCUGUUUGUGUUACUUCUGGUCCUCGCCAGUGCGGCCUACAUCGUGAGAGCUCAAGAAAAUACGUCCGCAGAACCGGAACCGGAAGUAUCCGCCACAGAAAGUACAUCAGCUACCAGUAGCGUCGUCCCAGAGACGUCAGAAGAACCAAGUGGAUGCUCAUCGAUGCAUAACGUCUUCUGGGUAGCAUCAUCCAUCAUUUGUGCUUUCAUUAUCCGUGCCUUAUUGUAAAGCAUUCACAGACUUUCAGAAAGAAAGUUUCAGAAGACUUUCACAGCCGCCAUUUUGUUGUCGAUACUGAUGUUUUCGCUUGUGGUAUAUCAUGGACGUAAUAUUGUGGAUUCCAUUGGUCAGAAUUGUUAGAAAGAGAAAAUGAUGUCAUUGAUGACGUAGUCCCUACAUCGGAGAUGUCUCAUGUGAUGUCAUGGAUGACGUAGUCACUCUGUCGGAGAUGUCUCAUGAAGUUCGACUCAUCAUGCACUGCGUUCUUGUCACAAUACUGUUAGUAACUGAUUUGUUUUAAUGAUCAAGUAAAUAGAUAUAUAAAUACAUAGAUGUAAUGCAA